AUGCUGGCAGUGGGCACCACUGCGGGGAGGGACACGGUUUUCGGCGGGGGCAGUGGGACCGGUGCGGUGGAGGCCACGAAGGACGUCUUCGCGCACCUGUACAGGGACGCCGCGAGCCGGCGGCAGCGCCAGGCGGAGGCGGGGCGCCCGUGCCACAGUGACACGGCUCCCGUCGCGCCUCACCCGUUUGAAGGGAAUGUUUUUUCACAGGGGCGGAACAGAGCGGCGCGGGAUGCGGGCGUGGUGCGACGUGGCUCUGAGGAGGUCGUUACGCGGCCCGGCGCUACGAAAUUUCAGACAAACAAGCGCCUCGAUAGUCUGGCGCUUCCUCGUGGGCCCUGCAACACCGCGGUUCACCCACCCUCGCCCAACUACGGCCGUGUGCUGAGCUUUACCGAGGAGGAGGCAAGGAGUAGGCGGGGCUGCGACUCGCUGCGCCCACGGGCACUUUCGCGCCCGCCGCGGCUGACGAUCCCACUGAAUAACCCGACGCUAAAUCGCUUGGCCACACCAAGGGCGGCCCCACGGUUGGCACUCGCGUCUAAGUACGACUCCGACUCCUGUGGGGCAAGGCGCCCCGCGACGCUUACGCGCCAGGGCUCACGCAUUUUUCGUUUUUAG